CCACCAUUCUGCGCCUUUCGCGCCCUAGCGCUGUCCGCGCUCAGCGACAAUGUUGGCCCUCAUGACACUUAGCUCCCUUGCUGCCCUCCUUUUCGUCUACGUUUUCAUGCCCGCUCUAUGGCUAUCAAUAAUGUCCGCUGACGAGUCUCUCGACGCUCAUGAAUCAGGUCUCGCGCUCGUCGCUUCGCGAAAUCCUUUCCGUGAGACUGGUCCUCCCGCCAACAUGGCGAAGCUCAUCUUGCUCCGACACAAAAUUCAAAACAGCAACAGAAAACGGCGCAGUCCUUCACGUUCGCGUCAAGCAUCGCGAACUUACAGCGUUCCAUCCUCUCGUCCGAAAGCAUCUUGGUACCCUUUACUGGGACAUACUAUUUGUCCUGUGCUUUCUUAUACCCAUCCUUUGAAGCUACUCCUCAGCCUUCAGGAGACUGUACCACUUUAUUACUAUAUUGCCAUCCCAUAUUUGCUUUCUUCCCUCUUCAUUCGCACCUUCCCCUCAUCUUGCUUACCGCUCUUCAACACUAGUUACUAGCGCUAGAAACUCCAUGUACUUAUAACUUCAACGAAGGCACAAAGCUGAAAACU